AUGAAGUUAGUUUUCAGUGCUUGGGGAAUUUCGGCAUCCAGGUAUUUGUGAAUUGCUUAAGCAAAUAGGCCAGCCUCUGCGCUCUGGGAUGCGAACAGACGUGGCCCACUAAUUAAUUUGCAUAAAUAACGAGGCUUGCGAUGCUACUCCAAUCAGUUGGGGUUUCAAAGAUGCUGCGCGGAACAUUUUAUUCGCUGAUCUUCGCACUUGCCGUUGCCCAGCUGGCGGCCACGCCCAUUGUGCACGAAGGCAAUGAACUUGUGCGCAAGACGCGACACAUUGGAGGCGGUUUUAUAGGCGGUGGCAUAGUGGCUGGAGGCGCUGCUGGUGGUGCCGUUGGUGGUUACCUCGCACCACCUGUCAUACAAACUGUGCCCGUGAUACAAACUGUGCCGAUUAUUACGACCGUGCCGGUUGUGUCCACCAUAUCCACGGUGCCCAGCUAUGGUUAUGGCGGUGGUUAUGGCAGUGGCUUUGGUCGAAGUCUCGGCGGUGGCAGCUUUCUUGGCGGUGGCAUUGGCUUUGCCAAGUUCAAAGGCAUUGGCUUUGGCGGUUUCUUGGGCUGAAAGUCAGGAGUCAAUGUGGAUAUAGAAAGAAAUGUAUAUAUAUAAAUUAAAA